CCAGCAGCCCCAGCGCUGCCCGCAGUGACGGGCGGACAAAGGGGCGCCGCGCCAGCCCGCACCAGCGGCCCCGGGCGGAAUUGCCAAAAUGCUUUGGAAUUCUUAAACGAUUCAAAAGCUGAAGUCUCUGAGGAUACAAAAGCAUAAGAACACAAGAAGCAACAAGGAGGAUUCAGUGCCAAUGCAGCAACAAAAAAGACAGCCAGAGUUAGUGGAAGGAAAUCUUCCUGUUUUUGUUUUUCCUACAGAACUUAUAUUUUAUGCAGAUGACCAGUCAACACACAAGCAGGUGUUGACUCUAUAUAACCCCUAUGAGUUUGCCUUAAAAUUCAAAGUUCUUUGUACAACUCCUAAUAAAUAUGCGGUGGUGGAUGCUACUGGUGCAGUGAAGCCUCAGUGCUGUGUUGAUAUUGUGAUUCGUCACAGAGACGUUCGGGCUUCUUACUACGGUGUCAUAGAUAAAUUCCGUCUCCAAGUGUCUGAGCAGAGCCAGAGGAAAGCACUGGGGAAAAAGGAGAUUAUUGCUACUCUGCUUCCAUCUGCAAAGGAACAACAACAACAAAAGGAAGAGGAGGAAAAACGAAUAAAAGAACACCUGGCUGAAAGUGUCUUUUUUGAGCAGACUUUGUGUCAACCAGAAAACAGAACUGCCUCGUCGGGACCUAGUUUACUCACAGUCUUCCUUGGAGUGGUGUGUGUUGCAGCACUAAUGCUACCUACAUUGGGGGAAAUGGAAUCCCUGGUGCCUCUCUACCUCCACUUAAGUGUGAAUCAAAAGUUAGUAGCUGCUUAUGUUUUAGGUCUCAUCACCAUGGUUAUUUUGAGAACAUGAGCAAUGAGUUCAUAGGAUGUCAAACACCUUACUGUAUAUUCACAUCAUGAAUGUGGACUGCCUUUUACUCCCAUUUGGCUCAUUAAGAUGCUAGCAAAACUGUUCAGUGAUUUAAGAUACCUUCAGAAGUGUAAUAUAUUUUAACUGUGUAUAAUAAAUGAAAGACUCAAAGCACUUGGUGGUGCUUCUGUAACAGACAGCUAUGAAAUGUUCAGUGAUACCUGUGAAAAUAAUUUGAAAAAAACUUUUAUAUCUAUGCCUACUGUAAAAAAUCCUUAUUAAAACAACAUUUGUUAUUUUUAGUCUAUGUUCACAUCAGUGCGUGAUCACUAUAAAAGCAAACUGUCUCCUGUAAAAACGCUCAUUUGGUUUGUGGAUGUACCUGCUGAGGCUGGCACAUAACACUUCUGUAUAUACAUACCAAGGGGUGAGAGUCGUGACUGAUCAUUGAAGAAAAAUGAAAAAUUCCAUCAGUGGAACUGAAAUAAACCAUGAAUUUUAGGUGAAGAAGUAAUUCUCAAAUUUCUUACUUCAUCAUUACCAAUAUAUCGUUGAGUGCUCAUUUUCUUACCUGGGGAAAUAAUUUCUUGCAACAGUCAUUUUGUACCACAAUUACUAGACAAUAAAACCAAGUUCUGUAAUCAGAUCCUUCAUUUCUUAGGGAUGCAUGGAAGUGGCAUUAAUGGAAGCUGAACUCAUACUAAUACAAAAUUAAUCAUUUUCUCUAUUUUAGAGACCAAACUAAGUGAAAUAGCAAAGGCAUUUCUCUACAUCCCUCCCCCCACAGCUACCACAGGAACUUCUUUUCUAUCAGAAACUCCUGCUUAAAUGCCAGUUUCAUAUUUGAGGUGAACAUUAAUCUUGUUUCAUACAACAAGUAUUUCCCUUUAUUUGACAUUUCAUUGUCGAGAUGUUAAUUCUAAAAGGGCAGCUAUUACUGCAUUGGAUUCAUACAGACAAAUCUUUGUUUGUAAGAAGUCUAUAGAGUAUGCUCUGAUAUGAAUAAUAAAGUUUGGAAAUCAAACCUU